GGAAUGGAUAAAACCGUAUCGGACAUAGUAGGUCUAUUAGGUUUACUAAAGCUGCUUUCAAAAAGAACCAAAGACCUUUCAAGUUUUAUUUCGCCUUGUAUGUCACUAAUGAAUGUACCAAGUAUAAUGAGAAACGACGAUGGAGAAGAAUUUCUUUUAGAUUCCUUUGAAAGUUGGGAUGAUGUUUGUGUCUUCUUAUACGAGAACUGCAAAAAUAUAACUACUGUAUGCAAAGGACUUGAAGACAAUUUUAAUUUUACUUUAUUUAAGUUGGAAACAGGAGGUAAAAAUAUAAAUUACAACAUGCCUGAAAUUUUACGGGUACCCUAUGAAAUCAAAAAAAUUGUCGAUAGUAUAGAUGACACAAUGUUCGAACAUAUUGAAACUGCAUUACACAAAAGGCUCUAUUAUUCAAUAUUUGAAAAUACGAAGACAACAAUGAAAUUCAGAAGAACAUGGAUGGACUGUUUUUUUUGGUGUUUAUUUAGUGCUCUUGGGAUGUACAGCCCCCUUUUUCUCUUGCUAGUAAUAUGGGACGGUACUUGGGCGGGUGGAAGCUACAAAAAUGUAUUCUUUUGUGUGCUUAUGUGGAUUGUUUCAUGCUGUACAUAUGUUUUCUGCAUCGAAAGUAAAGAAAAUAGAGUUUGCACACUUAUCGAUGAAUCUUGUUCCAGUAUGAACUCUUUACAAAAAGAAGUAGACUACCAGCUCGAAGUGCUGUCUUCAAAAAUACGCUAUUACAAUGGCUUUGAUAGAAGAGAGUUGAUUGGACUAAUUAGAGAAUUGUGUAAUACUUUCGGCCAGCUCCAAUCUGUAGCUUCCUUAAACCAGAAAGCAGCAAGAGAUUUUAUUUUGGCAACCAGUUCUGCUAGUAUCGUCAAAGAAAAAU